AUGACUUCUCUCCCGACCGCAUUCAAGAACGCAUACCUCAACGGGUCCGGCCCGGAAUUAGCUGCUGUGCUCACCCCGAUCGCGCCGUCCGAAGAUCGCGAUCGGCUGCGCUCCUUUUACCAGUUCUCCAACGCCGAAUACAUAUCCAAGGAUCUCAGCUACGCUCUCUUCCAUGGGAAAAGUCUGAAAUUGCCGAAGGCCGAACAAAAUGCCUGGGUUGACAUCUUUGCUGUUUACUGGGAAGCUAUAGGCGAAAUACUUCGGUGUGAAGAUCACCUUCCGGGUGCUAGUGUUGUUACAGUCUUCAAUGCCUGGAAAAAGGUCGCCAAUGCCCUCAUCCGGGGAUACUCGGGCUCUGCCGGCAUUCCGGCUUGGACAUUGCCAUGCUUGUACACAGUCGGGAAGUACUUGCGUACUUUCGCGAUCAAUGCCGAUCUUGAAGCAGCAUCCCAAGGCUCCACUGGAUUUGGGUUCCAGGAUGACAUCGCAGCUGAUGUUGAGAAGAAUGCGAACUUGGAGGAGGCUGCUCGGGUCAUUAACCGGAUGUUCACUCUGUGCCUGAGUGAUAGAGCACCCCCUGAAGAGUCCCGUAAGUGGGGUAUCUACAACAUGACCAAUCUCCUAUUCAAGACGUAUUUCAAGAUCAACUCCGUCGGUCUUACCAAAAACUUGCUUCGCGCCAUCAAAGCCUCAUCGGCUGAUCUUCCCCCUCCCGAAGCAUUCCCUAAAGCUCACAUUGUCACCUUCGAAUAUUACGUUGGAGUCAUCCACUUCUUGGAUGAGAAUUACCCAGAGGCUGAAGAACAUCUAACGUGGGCUUGGAAGAUGUGUCAUCGAGACGCAACCAAGAAUCGAGAAUUGAUUCUUACCUACCUUAUUCCCUGUCACCUGGUGACCACACACACGCUCCCCACCAAGGAACUUCUCGCGCCAUUCCCACGACUCGAGAAGCUUUUCCGGUCUCUGUCGAACUGUAUCCGAAAAGGCGACUUGGUUGGAUUCGACCAGGCUAUGUCUGACGGCGAGGAAGAGUUUGUCAAGAGACGUAUUUACCUGCCGUUAGAACGUGGACGUGAUAUUGCCUUGCGCAACCUUUUCCGAAAAGUUUUCCUCGCUGGUGGUUUCGACGAACCCAAGGAGAGUCAAUCUCCGGUUCGGCGUACUCGUGUGCAUGUGAAUGAAUUUGCCGCAGCUCUCCGUGUGGGUACUUCUACAAGUGGCCGGUCGCGCAUCGAUAUUGAUGAGGUGGAGUGUCUGCUUUCCAAUCUCAUCUACAAGGGACUCAUGAAAGGAUACAUCGCACGUGAUCGAGGCAUCAUCGUCUUGAGCAAGGGAGGUGCUUUCCCGGGCACAGGUGUCUAA